CUUGGAUCCCUAAGGGAUGUUGCUUGUAGCAUUCUCAUCCACUGUCCUUCGGCUUCAGCUGGGGAAGACCUCGGGUGUACACGUCGCGCUGGCUUCGGCGCCACGCCGGCUUGGCCCGGCUCCACGAUGGACUCGCAGGCUCAGGACAUCGCGAGUGCUCUCACCGGUGCGGUGGAUUCAGCCCUGCGCUCGUCGGCCAGCGGCCUCGAGACGCAGCUCCGCCGGAGGGCGGAAGAUGCGGCUGAUGGGAAAGAGGCCAACCGCGCCUGCUACCGGCUACUGACCCACCUGCAAGAGCGACACCAAGCGCGCGCCCAGAAGUUUGAAAGCUUCGCGUUGACCUAUCUCCUCAGAGCGCCUGAAGGACCUGCUGUGCCGGCAGAGCUCCGAGGCCACCGUUCCGAGGGUGGAGGCCAUCGCCAUUCUGUUGGAGGGGCCGGAGCUUUAGCCAAGACCGAGAACGACGAGAUCACUGGACGGCUGGAAGUCCGGGCCAAAGAGUCGCAAGCGCUGGAGCAGGAGAUUUCCAAAGUCCAAGCUCAACUGGUUCAGUCUGUGCGGAAGUCGCAUGCCUUGCAUCAGGAGGCAGCGCAGCUCAAACAGAGGUGGAGCCUGCUUCAGGCCGCAGAGGAAGCAGCUGGCAAAGGAGGGCUUCGACACGUGGCCAAGGAGUUGCGAGAGGUGGUGCAGCAGGUGGGCCAGCUCACGGGGAAGGAACAUCUCCCCUAUGCCGACCUCCAGCAUCAGGCUUCCCCGCAGAAGCGGCGGAACUUCCUGGAGGAUCUCGAGGUUGAAGAGUGGCCCGAGACGCCCAAGCGGAAGCGCUUCAGCCUACUGGGCUGAGAUGUUCCAUGUGACGCGGCCGCGGAGCAGCGGAGCAGCGGAGCCAGAGCGGCGAGGUUGAUGGAGUCAUGGAAUGUGUCUCACGCGAGAAAGGUAUCAUUUCCUCUAUA